GGCACUUGCAGGGACAGGAAUGGCUGCGCCCAUGGAGGUGACAUGAAGACUGGUCAGAAUGGCUGGGGCUGCUUGGACUCUGUCUGCCAGGAGGUUGGGGCUGAGCCGUUUCAACAAGGUCUCAAAGCCUCACCUGAGAAGCUGCUGGCGGACAGCAGAAGUUGCACCUUGGAAUGAACACGUGGGCAAACGUGACAAAAACCACUGUGAGGAUGGUGGUGGCACAGAGGGGAAGCCUUGGCCCUGGUACGUCACCGAGCGACUGCUGCGGUUUGAGAAGCUGAAGGCGGCUCAGGAUGAAAGCCUGCGCGAGAGAGUUUCGAGAGAGAGCCGGACGAUUGAGGUCAGGCUGUCGGACGGGAGGAGCGUGGAGGGCGAGUCAUGGAAAAGCAGCCCGUAUCAGAUCUCCAGAGCGAUCAGUCAGGGACUGUCGGACAGUGCGGUGGUAGCCCGUGUAAACGGAGAGCUGUGGGAUCUUCACCGCCCCCUGGAGGGCGAUUCGACUCUGGAGCUUCUGAAAUUCGACAACGAGGCCGCGAGGGCGGUAUAUUGGCAUUCCAGUGCCCACCUGCUUGGCGCUGCCAUGGAGCGUCUCUACUCGGGCUUGCUGUGCCGUGGGCCGAGCACAGAGCACGGAUUCUUCUACGACAUGUACAUGGAAGGCAGACCUGUCCCCAGUCGCGAUUUCCCAGAACUGGAAAGAAUCUGCAAGUCAAUGAUGGGAGAGAGGCUUCCUUUCGAGAGAGUGGAGGUGCGUAGGGAGGAGCUCUUCGAACUUUUCAAGUACAGCAAGUUCAAGUUACGAUUCAUCGAGGACAAGGUGACGACACCGACAGCCACCAUUUACAGGUGUGGUUCGUUGGUUGAUUUGUGUCGAGGACCUCAUAUCAGACACACAGGCCAGAUCAAGGCUUUCCGCAUCGAGAAGAGUGCGGCUGUGCACUGGGCUGGGAACCUGGACAUGGAGCCACUGCAUAGAAUCCAUGGAAUAUCCUUCCCAAAUGACAAGGCGCUGGCUGAAUGGGAUCGAUUGCAGGAAGAGGCGAAGAACCGAGACCAUCGGAAAAUUGGAAAGGAACAGGAGUUGUUUUUCUUCCAUGAGCUGAGUCCUGGCAGCUGUUUCUUUCUGCCUAAGGGAGCUUACAUCUACAAUACCCUCACUGACUUCCUCAAGAGUGAGUACCGGAAGCGUGGUUUCAAGGAAGUGGUGACCCCCAACGUGUUUAACAAUAAGCUGUGGGAGCAGUCUGGCCACUGGGAUCAUUAUCGUGACAACAUGUUCUCCUUCCAGCUUGAGAACGAGUCCUACUCUUUGAAACCCAUGAACUGUCCUGGGCACUGCCUGAUGUACGACCACCGCCCCCGAUCCUGGCGGGAGCUCCCGCUCCGGCUGGCAGACUUUGGCGUCCUGCACAGGAACGAGUUUUCGGGGGCCCUGUCGGGUCUGGUGCGAGUGCGUCGCUUCCAGCAGGAUGAUGCUCACAUCUUCUGCACCGUGGAGCAGAUCGAAGAUGAGAUUAAAGGAUGCCUUGACUUCCUGCAGGCGGUGUACCAGGCCUUCGGUUUCAGCUUCAGGCUCUACCUCUCCACUCGGCCGGAGAAAUUCCUGGGGGACGUAGAGGUCUGGGAGCUGGCGGAAAAGCAACUGGAAAACAGCUUGAAGGAGUUUGGCCAGCCUUGGGAGCUGAACCCAGGAGAUGGCGCGUUCUAUGGUCCCAAGAUCGACAUCCAGAUUAAGGAUGCUAUUGGGCGAAACCAUCAGUGCGCCACUAUCCAGCUUGACUUCCAGUUACCAGUCAGAUUCAACUUGAGCUAUGUUGGCAAAGAUGGCAGUGACACAGCGAGACCGGUGAUGAUUCACCGUGCCAUCCUGGGAUCGGUGGAGCGGAUGAUCGCUGUCCUCGCGGAGAGCUGCGCUGGGAAAUGGCCCUUCUGGCUCUCGCCCUCUCAGCUCAUGGUAAUUCCCCUCGGAAACAGCACAGAAGAUUAUGCUCGACAGGUGCAUCAGGAGCUCCUGGAGGCUGGGUUCAUGGCCGAUAUCUGCCUCGACUCAGGAUCCACAUUGAACAGGAAAAUCCGCAAUGCACAGUUAGCGCAGUUUAACUUCAUCCUCGUUGUCGGAGAGAAGGAGAAAUCCAGCGGCACUGUCAGUGUGCGGACGAGGAACAACAAACAGCACGGGAUGAGGGAUCUGACGGGCGCCAUCCAGAGACUGACCGAGCUGAAGGAAUCUCGUUGCAGAAAUGCAGAGGAUGAAUUUUAACCUGAGGGGGUUGGGGGUGGGAUGCGCAGCGUGAGCCAUUGACCUAACACAGCCACUUUCCGAUCAUCCUGAGCCCACCCUCCGACUGCUUCCCACUAGCCAGCAACAAAGCAGCAUGGAAGUGAAGGACUGCGCCCGUGAUUCCGAGCUCUGUUCGUUUCAGGCUCUUGCGCAGGUGAGGGACUGAGGAGGAACACGCUUUGUGAAGAACCCUGAAGGAUUGGGAUUCUGAGCCAUGAGAGCUCAGUCAGGAGCAAGACGGAGCACUUCAGAGUCAGGUGUUUGCCAGCUGCUGUUCCCACUUCCAUGUGCUCCUCCAGGAGUCAAAACAUGCCAGAGGCAUGGGUAAGGAGAGACACUCCCCAUAUAAAUGUGUCUCAGUGUCCCAAAGCUUCCCCCACAACUCCCCAUGACCCUUUUUUUGGGAUACGGCUCCACACACACCAUGUAUCUUCUGUAUCAACCCAAGCCAUCCUUCAAGUAGCAUCAGAGACGCUGAGUGUUGGGAGGCCCAGUUCACCUUCAGCCGCCCCACAUUUGAGUUUUGUGUCCCAGUGUCAGCCGGUACUAAGCAACACUCCCUUGGGUGCUCUGACAGGAUACACACUGAGCAGCCUGGCACCGAGCAGACAGAGGGAGGGUGUGGUGAGUUUGGGAGAUAGUCUGUGCUUCUGUGACUCAUGAGUCACUGCCUUUGACCAAGAUGGUGAGACCAAUGUUUUCUUUUCUUUUUGUUUGUCUUCAUAAGCUGCAUAUUUUUAAAUUCAUCGUAAUUCAACUCUUGGUUCUCUGAGGGUAAGCCCUUGGUUUAUGUGUCUGCUCAUCAGCCUAACCGUUCAGUGUCAGGUCAGUAGGUAGCCCAUCAGAGAGGAGUGAAAGAAAAGGGAGCUGUGUCUCUCUGUCUCUCUGUCUCUCUGUCUCUCUGUCUCUCUGUCUCUCUGUCUCUGUGUCUCUGUGUCUCUGCGUGUGUGUCUCUACCAUGACUCAGUGAUUGUGACAGAACAGCCACAGACACGCAAUCACAAACCAUUCUGGGCUCAACCCAAAAACUCCUACGGAAUCGGGGGCAGAGGGGCUAGAAUAAUUAAAAUUGGAUUAACGAUCCACUGACAGCAUGGGGUUUACAGCGCUGGGCUAACAGUGGAAAAGCAAGCGAGAAGGUCUGUGAAACUCUGUCAGAGCGCUUUGGAGCAGACUGAUGUAAUAGUUGUACAUUAUCUCCAAUAAAUGUGUUCAGUUGAAAAAGGA